CUCAAAUUGCUGCGGUCGGAACCAUGGCAAAGCUGCAUCUCCUCCCGCUGUUCAUGCUACUGGCGCUGAGCAUUACGACCUGCAUUGCUGAGAAAGUGGUGAGUCUGUCGUUUGAUGGUCCCUACGACAGCGUGGAUACCAAUGGGCAACGCUACAUAAACGGAACGUGGAUCCAUGGCGGGUCUACAGAAGUGAAGAAGAAUUUCAUCCGUCUCACUCCUGAUCGACAAGAUAAGAAGGGAUACAUUUGGAACAACCAAGUCAUUGGCCGUGACUCGUUCGCCACGGUGCUGACUUUCCGCAUCUCUGGCCAAGGCAAGAAGUGGUUUGGAGAUGGCAUUGGAUUGUGGCUCACGUCAAGUCAAAACUAUGUGUACGGCGACAACCACGGGUUUGACUCCGAUUUCAGAGGCGUGGGCAUCAUUAUCGACACAUUUAACAACCCAGACCACAAAGGCGGUCACAAGGAUGUGUCUGUGCAAAUCAACGACGGGUCCAAGACUCUCCAACAGCUGAACGACGAAACCAAGGUCGGAUGCGACGCCGCGCUGCGCUACCACGAAGAAAGCGCUGCAUUUAACGCUGCCCAUAGUGCAUCGCGCAUCAAGGUGAAAGUUGUCGGGCAAAUUCUGUCCAUUGAAGUCGACGAAAAGAACACUGCUGCGUGGAAGCAAUGCUACGAAACAACUCUCCCCUUCAGCGCUGACUGGCUGCGAACUUCCACUUUGGGCAUCACUGGCGCCACAGGUGGCGUUGCCGACAACCAUGACGUGUUGCGCCUGGCCACAUAUGAAGACCCCAUGGACAAGGACAUUGACGAAGCCGACUCGGCCACGCUGCUGCAAAACCUGUCCAAGGACUACCGUAAGUGGCUCGUCGAACCGUCAUGCCAAUCGGACUGCCGCAUCGCCGUCCUCACCACGCAAAUCGAAAACUUCCGAUUGGAAUCCGAACACGCUCUGACCGAUUUGAAGGAAAAGACGGCCAACACAAUCGGCAAGCUCCGCGACCAAGAGCAAGUCAACGAGAAUCGCCUCGAGAAAAUCUACCGCCGCAUUGUUGCGGUCGUGGACAACAAGGUACAAGAAACAGUCGCCAGCACCGCCAACCAGGUCAAGUCCAAGAUUGAUGAAAAGGUCAAGAACGUGUCGGUUGGGGGCGGGUGGAAGCUCCCAUUCCUCGUGCUGUUUGUUGUGUUGGCCGUAGCUUCGGGUGUGGCGUACCAAAAGUACCAAGCGCUGCGAAAGAGUCACCUCCUGUAAGCGCGGCGGAGGAAACUAACCAAACAUUUUUGUGAUUCUACCGAAUUCGCAUUUGCUUUCUAGGUCUGUCCCUCUCAUAUCGCAGGCGAAUAUCGACAUUAUAGAAAUUACAAAUAUAAAUGAAUCUGUAUUUAAUACAUUUUUCUGGAGUAGGGCA